GUGUUAUUCGCCGGGAAAGUGAAGAUUGAGAUUUAAAGGUUGCGAGUUACUUUAAUAGGAUUUUGUUGAUUUGGUGUGAUAAUAAGCCAUUGAUCAACAAGCUUUUUUCGUGUGGCAUUCACAUAAUCGUGUUAUGCAUUCUGAGAAAUGGUGUCGCAUACGUGUGUAGAAGAAGUUGGAUACAAAAGCUACCUGUUACCUGCCAAUGCAAGAGCACCCAGAUCCGCCCGGAAGAGGCGUAGUAUCGAGAAGACCAUAAGUGAAGAUGAUAAUAUGUGUGCAAUUGAUUUAUUGGCCACCGUAGCUGGACAUUUGUCAUUUGAGAGCGGGAGUUCUAUCGACAAACUGAUUGAAGAUCAUCGUGUAGUUACACAAAAGAGUGUAAAGGAGGAAUUCCUGGAGGAAGAAAAACCUCUAAUGCCAGUAGCUUUAUCCGGUGAAGAUCCUUAUCAGGGAUCUUUGAGCCCCUGUGGAUUCAGUUCUGUGAUAACUGGUAAAGUAGAGAAUGAGGCAGAUGGUUUUAGUUACUCUGGUGGUAGUGAUGCUUGUCAAGUUGGGAGCUUCAGUGAAGAUAUAAAACCGGAUAUCGAUGGCGACGCAGUAGUUCUGGAUGCGAGACCUAAUGUUGUAGUUAGUUUAGGUAGUAGUAGUAGAACCGAAGUGCCAUCAAAUGGGAAUUGUGCUUCCCAUGGCGUUCGGGAUGAUGUAAAUUUGUUUAGUAGAGAUGAUGAUGAAAACUUUUCUGGGUACAUUCACCCGCGUGUUACUAAAAAUUCACUUAGGACUGUGCCGCGUAUUGGGGACAGAAGAAUCAGGAAGAUAUUGGCUUCUAGACAUUGGAAAGGAGGUUCAAGACAUGCAGAUACGAAACCAUGGAGAAAUUAUUACUUGCACCAUCAGAGGAGCUAUCCUAUCAAGAAAAGGAAAAACUUUGAUCACAUAUCUGAUUCAAUUACUGAUGACUACCGUUUGCGUACUAAGAUGCAUAGAGGCAGCAGAAAAGGUCAAGGUGCAUCCUUUGUGGCAAGCAACUCCCAUGUGAAACUACGGAUUAAGUCGUUCAGGGUGCCUGAGCUUUUCAUAGAGAUUCCAGAAACUGCUACUGUUGGCUCCUUGAAGAGAAUGGUGAUGGAAGCAGUGAGCACUUUACUGAGUGAUGGACACCGAGUUGGUCUGAUGGUUCAUGGGAAGAAAGUCCGUGACGAUAACAAAACCCUUCAUCAGACUGGGAUCUCUCAGGAUAACACCCACUUGGACUCUCUUGAUUUUAGCCUUGAACCCAGCUCAGAAUUGCCUCAACUGUUAACUAGUCACCCGUCGGGACAUGCUUCUGGCGAGCUGCUACCUGUGUGCCAAGCUGCUAACAUGGACAAUGUGUUGGAAUCUGACCAUCAUGACUCAGCACUAUUCCCAUCUGACUCACUAGGCAAGAAUAAAGUGACAGAAGAUUCUAAAGCUGUGAUUCCUGUGGCGCUCACUGAAUUGGCUUCUCGACCACCUUGUCGUAAACUUAAGAGAAGUGAACAGCAGCAGCAGCAGGCUGCACAACGCAGAAUUCGUCGACCUUUCUCAGUUGCUGAAGUAGAAGCACUUGUUCAAGCAGUUGAGAAACUCGGUACUGGAAGGUGGCGAGAUGUUAAGCUUUGUGCUUUCGAGGAUGCAGACCACCGCACUUACGUCGAUCUCAAGGAUAAAUGGAAAACGCUGGUCCACACAGCUAAGAUAUCUCCGCAACAGAGGAGAGGAGAGCCAGUGCCGCAGGAACUUUUAAACCGAGUUUUAGUUAAUAAGGGCAUGAACCAGAUCUGCUCGUUUUCAAGUGUUCAACUUUUUUCUAGAAGUUUCAGAGCUUUAGCAUCGCCACGAUCUUUGAACUAUCCCGUGCAGUCUCUCAAUCGUUCAUCAGUUCGGAUGGAGAGUAGCAACUUUUCUUCUGGUGUCAGAACCGAGAGUAGUGUGAAGCCAAGAGGAGCAUUGAUAGUUCUAGAAGGUCUUGAUCGCAGUGGGAAAUCAACGCAGUGCGCUAAGCUACUCUCUUUCUUGGAGGGUUUAGGACAUCCAACCGAGCUCUGGAGAUUCCCCGAUAGAGAGACGAGUGUCGGUAAGAUGAUAUCCGCGUAUCUAUCUAAUAAGUCGCAGUUAGAUGAUCACACAAUUCAUCUCCUUUUCAGCGCCAAUCGUUGGGAGAAAAGGUCAUUGAUGGAGGAAAAGCUUAAAACAGGAACUACGCUUAUCGUUGAUCGUUACUCAUAUUCUGGUGUCGCAUUCUCAUCAGCUAAAGGUCUCGAUAUCGAUUGGUGCAAGGCUCCAGAAAUCGGGUUACUGGCUCCAGAUUCCGUACUGUACCUUGACAUUUCACCUGAAAGAGCUGCUGAGAGAGGUGGAUAUGGAGAUGAGAGGUACGAGCGAGUGGAGUUUCAGAAAAAGGUCGCAGACUUUUAUCAAACCCUACGCGAUUCUUCAUGGAAGAUAAUCAAUGCAGGUGAAGCCAUGGAGGAAGUAGAGAAGAAGAUUCAAGAAGUGGUAUUAGAUAAAGUCAAAGAGUGUACUAAAGGCAAGCCUCUGUCUCUCCUAUGGUCGUCAUAAAACGUUUUCCAGUCAUAGCACUUGGCCACUUGCAAGUUCAGUGAUUUUGAAGGAACUUUUGUUGACGAUUAUACUAUUUUGGGCCGUAUAAGCCCAUUUACAAGCCAAAAUCUUUACUUUAUGUCGUCACUCAUGACGUCUUAAUCAAGUAUAUUAGUGUAU